AUGGCUCGGUCUGUUUUCUCCGCUUGUCGGUUCCACACAAAAGUUGUCGAUGUCCCGAUCUCCCAUUGGCUGCUAUCACGAGAAACUCGAGACAACAAAGAUUCUUUGUCAUGGGUGUCGUGGGUUUGUGUAUGGUGCUGCGGAAAAACUCCCGGCGAACUUCCUCCGGCGAUAAUCCCCGAUUGCCUGCACGAACCCCGGCGAAUUGCUCAGUUUGCCCCUUCACAGCCACUCUUACUUCGUAUAACUGAGAAAAGCCCUUCCCUUUUGGGAGAAGGCUAUACGUACACGGAGCAGUGUGUAUCUACGGCCGAUAAUGUGCGAAUGGCUCAGUUCAGGCAAUCCGGCGGCGGCAUCAACGGGUCCCGAAACGGCGUCGUGCCGGAUCACGUGUCGGUUGGGGUCCGCGGCGGCGCGAGACACCUGUACCACCGGCGAUCGAAGGCCCCGUCGGCUUACAAGAUCUCAAUCUGUUUCAGCGUCUUGACGCUCUCUCUCAUCCUGUCGAUCUACGCUUUCUUCUUUCUCUCGCUGCCAAGCAAAGGAGUGGAAAUUCACAGACAUCAAGCUCAGGAUGAUGACACAGGCAACGAAACUGAUUUUCUUAUGGACGUGACACAAAUACAGAAACCCAAAGAACUCAAAUUUGGCCGUGGAUCAGUCACUCAUGGUCGGGACUCAAGGUACUGGGAUAAGGAUGAUAGAAGAAGGGAUGAGGAUUAUACCGAAGAGGACCUCGAACUAGCUCGUGGUGGCUCAGUGGAUAAGAUUCAGACUUCUUUGCAAAACAGAGAUAAAAAACCUCACAAUAACCAAUCUCGUCAAGUUUCUGAUCACAAAGGGAGUUCCUUGUACAAUGAGGCUGGUCGCAAUGAAUUGAAACUGUACGAGGCUGAAUACGAGGCCUCUUUAAAGACUGUUGGUGGGUCCACGGGCACUCAUGGCUUUUCAAACCGGAAAUCUGAUGAUGCUGAUGGGAGGGACCACAGCAUACUGGACGAUGCUGAUGAUUAUGAUGAUGGUAUUGAUUUUCAGGAUGAUCAGAUGGAAGAAGGUGAGGAUAUGCAUGAUGAGACCGACCGAUCAAGUGCCGCCAAAAUCAAUGUUAUCAGCUCUGGGGGGGCUUCACGUGUGGAUAAUGAUAGGAAAAAUGAACAAAACAUCUAUGAGAAGGUUGAUAAAGGGGAUGUAAUCUCUGGGCAUGCGAGUGGUGCAGAAAGUCAGCCUGUUCGGAGGCAGAUUCCUGAAAAGCGCUCGGGUUCGAAAAAGAAGCCUAAGCGUCGAAAAUUUUCUGGUUCUUGUGGAAUGAAAAUUUUGAACGCAAGUUCACUACUCGUUGAACCCCUAGAAAGUCGAAAAUUUGCAAGAUUUUCCUUACAAUAUGCAGAGAGGGAAGAGAAGCCAAUUGGAGAUGAGAAAUGGGAACCAAGAUUUGCUGGACAUCAAAGUCUAGGAGAACGGGAAGAAUCUUUCAUUGCUCGUGAUCAGAAAAUUAACUGUGGCUUUGUGAAAGGCCCUACAGGGUCACAAAGUACAGGAUUUGACUUAGCAGAAGAUGAUGCAAAGUACAUUAGCAGUUGCCACAUUGCUGUUAUGUCUUGCAUCUUUGGUAAUUCUGAUCGCUUGAGAUCGCCAAUAGGCAAGACAGUAUCUCGACAAUCAAAGAAAAACGUAUGCUUUGUUAUGUUUGUGGAUGAAGUAACUUUACAGACUUUAUCAUCAGAAGGCCAAAUGCCUGAUAUGAUGGGAUUUGUUGGGUUGUGGAAGAUGGUAGUGGUCAAGAAUCUUCCGUAUACAGAUAUGCGGAGAGUAGGGAAGGUACCAAAGUUUCUGCCACAUCGGCUUUUCCCUUCAGCCAGGUACUCGAUUUGGUUGGACAGCAAACUACGUCUCCAGCUCGAUCCAAUGCUUAUCUUGGAAUAUUUCCUGUGGAGAAAAGGUUACGAAUAUGCAAUUUCAAAUCACUAUGAUCGCCACUGUUUAUGGGAAGAGGUUGCCCAGAACAAGAAGCUCAACAAGUACAACCAUAGUGUUAUAGACGAGCAAUUUGCAUUCUAUGAAGCAGACGGGAUGAGAAGAUUUAAUGCAUCAGAUCCUAACAAGCUUCUACCGAGCAAUGUACCUGAAGGGUCUUUCAUCGUCAGGGCUCAUACGCCAAUGUCGAAUUUAUUUUCUUGCCUUUGGUUUAAUGAAGUCGAGCGGUUUACGCCUCGUGACCAGCUGAGCUUUGCCUAUACGUAUCACAAGCUGAGAAGGAAGAAUCCCGACAAACCCUUUUAUCUGAAUAUGUUCAAGGAUUGCGAGAGGCGAAAAAUUGCUAAAUUGUACCAUCACAGGUCUGAGGAGAAGAGGAGCAUACCUCAACAAGUAACAGAGUAG